AUGUUUUUUCUGUUUAUUGUAGUUGUUUAUACAACUGCAUUGGAAUGCAUACCAUACUCAACAGUAUGUGAGGGUGGAUACACAUACAACGCAGUCAAAGUCAACGCAUCUUCGUGUAGUACAAUCCGGGUAUUCGACUCUUUCAAUUUGUCCUGCGAUUGUGUGUUACAACUUUUAUCACCCACAAAAUUUGUUGUGUCGCGUGGCGCUUACGUUAUACUCGACUUUGAAAAAAACCUAACAAAUUACAUCGAAGAAUUCAUUUUAGAGGAUUACUCGUCCGUAACUUUUCAGUCAAAAAUCGAUAUAUUCCAGUUCAAAAAGUUCAAAUUUGGAUUACACACACAAGUGACAUAUUAUGAGUAUAUAGUGUAUAUGAACAAUACUAUAGUAAUGCCACCCCAACUCUCUUCGUCGUACACGAAAGGUGUCACUUUCAUCAACUCAAAUGUGACUAACAAAUCACCAAAAUUUGCUGUUACAGGAACAUUGAGUUUUUAUAAUUCGACAUUUUCAAAUACCGUAUUACUCGAUCUAUCUGCUACUGUUAUUCUAUUUAACGACUCGGUGUAUGACUUUCGAAAUGAGCUUAAGACAUAUUACGACCAGCCAAAGAUCUCCUCGAAUCAUAUGAUUUUUACUGGGAAGUCGUAUGGAAAGAUAACCAAUUUUGUGUUGUAUAAUGUGAAUAACAUCACAGUUGGUGGAAGAUCGGAAAUCAUAUACAACAAAGAAGACUUUAUAGAGGAUUUAAUGUUUAAUUUAACUCUAACAGAUGACUCCAUUUUUCACAUCUUUGGGGAGUACCAAGUCGGUUCUUCGUUUAUUGAAAUUAUAAGUAAAUCGAUAUUAUACGUCGAGAAAGAGUCAUCACUGUCAAGAGGUACUUCUUCAACAACAAACUUUGGCUUUGUAAUUCAAGAGAACUCAAUUGUUCAUGUUUUUGGCUCUAUACAGCUCUUCUCUUAUAUUCUUGGUAAAGACAAUGCAUCGAUUUAUAUGGAUGGGUCGGUCUCAACUGGGAUAUUUCCAUUGCCAAUUAAUAUCACAUUAUGUGGAGAUGCAUAUUUGGAGGUUGGUGGAAAUGUCCAAUUAAUUACCGACAACUUGAGUGUGUAUGACAACGCAAGAGUUGUGUUCAAAGACUAUAUGAAUGUAAAAGUGACUUUGUUUUCAUUAUUGGAAUUGUAUGAUGGAAUGCGCUUGUUUCUAUAUGACAACUCUUCACUCUACUUUGAUGUGUAUGACAAGAUACACGCAUCAGAUGGUAUUUAUAUGACGUACAUGUAUGACAACUCGAAAAUAGUGUUUCAUGGCAAGAAUCACGGAUUUUUGUUUCAAGUGGAAUUGAAUAACAACUCUCAAAUAAUAACAAACGACUCCGUGGACGUGACAUUGGCCCAUGUCAAUUUAAAGGACAAUUCAACAAUUACAGUCUCAGACAAUUCCAAAGUGAUUUUAGCAAAUUUAAAGUCUUCAUAUACAUCGAAAAUAGUGUUUAAAAGUAAUGGGAAAAUGUCGUUAAGAUGUUCCACUGGGGAGUACAACGACGUCUGCUUAUUUGAAGAGAGUGUAAUCAAUUUGAAUGGCUUUCCUUUCGACUUUACAAACGUUUCGCUUAAUAGUGCACCACUUGAUGUGUUUGAUACAAAAUUACUUUUUAAUGACUCAACAUUGGAAAACACAAUAUUACCAACAGAGAGAUGCAUAAGUCUAUUCUCAUUUGGAAAUGAUGCGACUGUACCAACUUUCACUAAUCCACAAUUCUUCAAGUUAUUUGAUGGGAAGUUGGUAAGGUUUUGCCCAGACACAAUGAACAGUAAUAUGGAAAAAACUUAUUGCACUAUGACAAAUGAAAAUUGGGACGAAUCACAUUUGUUUGAGAGAAAUUACCCAUUUGAUCAAGCUCAUUGUCCUUAUCCCAAUGUUGAAAUAAUAACUUCAUUAAGUCGUGUUGUAAUUGGAAACUAUCAAAUAUCGGCAACAUUUCUUAAUGAAACGAAUUUGGUAUUCAGUGAAGUUGCGAAUGCGCCACAGAAAGUCACUGGGAAGCUGAAAGAAGUUACUUUUCCAUCUGGAGUGACAAUUAAAAAUUUGUGUUCUGUCAUUGAACGAGUUGUUGUUGAAUUACUACAAAAUGGGACGUAUAGUUACACGUCUGUUUGUAAAGAGUUUUCGAGUACAAGUCUGACACAUUUUAAAAUAUCAAAAGAGAGUGAGAUGAAAGGGACAUUGGAGCAAGGGUAUCUUACUAUAGACAACAACACUUUUAUUAUAUCAACUAAUUUUGGAGUUCUACUUUACAUUUCAAACAAAUUGGCACCUUCAUAUAUAACAACAAACCUCACUUUUGAUAUUCUUGUUAUUGGAAAGAUUGGAUUCUUUUCAUCUGGUGAGUUGUGUAAAUAUGGUCGUGUCACGUCUACAAUUUCUGAGUGUUUUAAAUAUGACAAGAUGCGAUGUGAUGAAGGGUACUUUAAGAACGGAAAUAGUUGUAUUGACUGUGUUGAUACCAAUUGUAUAAAAUGCACAAACAAAGAGUGUGUUUUAUGUGCAAAUAACUUCGUUCUUAAUAAUGGUGUUUGUGAUCCAAAACCAUCGAGUUGUCAGUAUGCAUUGAAUAACAUAUGUUUUAAAUGUCAAGAUGGGUAUUCGAUGGUGGGCACAAAAUGCUUAACAACAUCACCACUUCCCAAUUGCACUGAAAGUCGAAACAAUAUAUGUAUACAGUGUACAUCAACUUUGAUGGUAAUAAAGGAUGGAAUUUGUGUGCAAUAUGAAGGAGCUGUAUUGACGACUUUAAUAUCAGUUAUAAAAUGUGAACCGGGCUAUUACACGAUGAAUGGGAUAUGUUACAAAUGUAUUCAAACGCACCCACACUGUUUAACAUGUGACUCAUUAAAAUGUUUUAUCUGCGAAAAUGGUUAUGAUCUAAAGAGUGAUGGAAUGUGCUAUGAUCAAAAUUGCGAGACAUACAAUUAUGUAGAUGUCUGUAUCACGUGUAAAGAGGGGUAUUUACUUGAUGAAUCUAAAAAGUGUAUGACUCGUAUUGAUAAUUGUUCGCUACAGUCAUUGUAUACGUGUUACCUUUGUGAAGAAGGUCAUUACCUUUUAAAUGGAAUUUGUGUUUCCAUUAUCGCAAACUGUUUAAGCAACUCCAACACUGGAUGUAUAAGAUGUAACCCGGGCUACUUUCUUAAUUCAAUGAAGUUGUGCGAAAAAUGCCAAAUAAAUUGUUUGACGUGUGGCACUUCACCUUCAAAUUGUCUUUCAUGCCACGAAAACACCUUUUUGUUUGAAAACAAGUGUAUUACGUCUUCCAAGUAUGGCAAUUUAUGUGACAGAUAUACCUCAAAUGGGUAUUGUGUCCAUUGUAUAUCGGGAUACUUCUUAGAAAGUGAUUCAUGUCAAAUGUGUUUAUCGUCGUGUGGGAUAUGUAGUAACAAGUAUUACUGUAUAACAUGUAAAGAGGGGUACUUUUUGUCAAUUUAUGGAGAGUGUUUAAAUAAUUCACAAGUUGGUGACUGUGCAGUCAAUGUAUCGACUUCAUAUGGGUGUAUAAAAUGUAAUCCGGGUAAUUAUUUACAUGAUAAGCAGUGUUUCAAUUGUCCUUUUGGAUGUGAUUCAUGUGAUGCAAUGCAAUGUUUCUCUUGUUAUGACGAAUAUGUGUUUAUAAACAAACGGUGUAUUGCACGUGUAUUUAUAUCAAAAUGUCUUUCAGCAAAUAACGGUACAUGCGUUUCAUGUUCAUUCUGGUACGUUCCAAGUACUGAUGGGACUUUUUGUAAAAAUGCGCCAGUGUGGUGGGUGAUCUUUCUUGUAGUUGUUUGGUGUUUUAUAGUUAUGGUUGUGGCCAUACUAAUACUUAUCUUCAUCCUUUACAAAAUUAUAUCAAAAUAUAUCCGAAACAAAAAGUUGGAUAUGUUAGUCACAAAGAUGUCCAAUGGUAAUAUCCUUACACAUGAAUUAAUACAAGGCGUAUAUUCCAAUGUGAGUAAAAUAAUUGCUGACAACGAAAAUAGUCUCCUUCCUGUAUUUGUAAAGACUACCACAACAUUUGUUGUAGGCAAUAAAGAGAAACAUACAGUACGACUUCAAGUUAAAGGACAGAACAACAAAUAUCGAUAUCUUAUAAGUGUAACACCACCCGUAGUAUUAUUAAAGAAGAACGAGGCGUGCACUUUUACAGUAACUAUAGAGCCUUAUUGUACUUGUCGAAUUGAUGACAUUGUUUCAAUUUUUAUAAAUGAUAAAAAUAAACAAAGAGGUGAACGUGUGACACUUCCUAUAAUAGCAGAGUCUAUGAUGUCGUCAUAUUUAGAUCAAACAGAAAUAGUUAUAAAACGUAUGAUAGGUGAAGGAAGCUUUGGUAAAGUGUAUUUAGGACUCUUUAGAGGCACACAAGUUGCUCUUAAAAUAUUGAAACAGAUCAACUUAGAUCAAGAGACGUUAAACGAAUUCAAAAAAGAGGUGGAGAUGCUCAACAAAUUUCGAUGCGACCAAAUCAUUCAUUUCUUUGGAAGUGUACGCAUGCCAAAGAUCAUAGGAAUGGUGAUUGAAUAUGCACCUUAUGGUUCUCUCAGAAACAAUUUCAAUACAAAGAAGGAACAAGUCGAUGAAAAAAUUCGAAUUAAAAUACUUCUUGACACAUCCACAGCACUCAGUUACUUACAUUCCAAUGGGGUGCUUCAUCGAGACAUCAAACCUGACAAUGUACUUCUUUUCGAUAAAACAAAUAUUGUCUCUACCAAUGCAAAGCUUUCUGAUUUUGGUUCAUCGAGAAAUAUUAAUUUGUUCAUUUCAAAUAUGUCAUUUACAAAAGGAGUUGGUACACCCGUCUACAUGGCACCAGAAAUAUACAACAAAAACAGAUAUAGUAAAGCUGCAGAUAUAUUCGCGUUGGGAAUUACAAUGCUCGAAUGCAUGAAAUGGGGUGACGCUUAUGUCGGGGAGAUGUUCACAUUCGCGUGGCAAGUGCCUGAUUUUAUAAACAAAGGAAAUCGACUUCCAAAGCCGGAUAAUGUCACGGAUGAAAUGUUUCAUGUUAUUCAGGCGUGUUGGGAUGAUAUACCCCAAAACAGGUUAACUGCAGAAGAGGUGUGUAACACAUUAGCACUUAUUGAACAGAGACUUAACUAA